AUAGACGAGCGAAGUGCUAUUCCAACAUGUCUGCCCCCUGAAGGAGAGACAGAAACAGAAACACGAGCAUUGUGAAAGCACAGGACGACGAGCAGAGGCUGUGUUCUCUUAUUGGCUCGCUGGCAAACUAGAAAAAUGUCAAAGAUUUCCAAGGCCGCCAAGACUGUAAAGAAGUUGGACGUGAGCGGCGUGAUCCGAGCUAUCGUGAGGUCGGGACAAGCCACACCUGGGCCCCCGCUGGGUCCUAUCCUCGGACAGAGAGGAAUCCCCAUCGGGCAGUUCUGCAAGGACUUUAACGAGAAGACCAAGGAGAUGAAAGAUGGCAUCCCUCUUCCAAUUAAGAUUAACGUGAAGCCUGACAGGACGUAUGACCUUCACAUCGGUCAGCCCACCGUCUCGUACUUCCUCAAGCAAGCCGCGGGCAUUGCCAAAGGAGCCGGAAAAACAGGGCACGAAACGGCAGGCUUGGUGUCUGUGCGAGCCGUGUAUGAGAUUGCCCGUGUGAAAGCGGAAGACGAGUGCUUCAAGAUGAGGAACACGUCGCUGGAGAACGUGGUCAAAAGCAUCGUGGGCUCGGCACGCUCGCUGGGCAUCAAGGUGGUCAACGACCUCUCCGCUGAUGAAUACAAAGACUUCUUGGAGCAGCGAGAGGAGAAAUUGAAGGCAGAGGCGGUGGCGGCAGCGGCUGAGGCUGCGGCUGAAGCGACACAAAGCAGCAAGAGAUAAAAUAUCAGCACUUUGCUUCGGCUCAUUACUGACAUCUACAUGCCACGUGAGGUACAACAUUGUCCCCGGUGGAUAAUUUUUUUUAUCCCACAUCGUCCUUACGCUAGUACCCCCUUGAGGACAAAGAACAUAUUAGUCCUCGGCUAUCAAGGACAUUCAUAUUUAUACUCAUUGUAUACAUUUGCCAGCAUUGAAUAAAUCAAAUUCAACUCUU